CAAGUUUUCAUCAGCAGCUUAACACAUCAAUCGUUUCCACAGGAGAUCCAAGAUGUUCAAGAUCAUCGUCCUGGUUGCCUGUCUGGCUGUCAUUGCCUCUGCCCAGUUCUACGGAGGAGAUCACAGCCAUCAUGAGGAAGAUCACCACAGCCAUCCGAAAUACAAGUACGAGUACGGAGUCAAGGAUCAUCACACCAAGGAUCACAAGAGUCAGUGGGAAAGCCGAGAUGGAGAUCAUACCAAGGGACAAUACACCUUGGAUGAAGCCGAUGGAACUCACCGUGUCGUGGAUUACACUUCCGACCAUAAGGGAGGAUUUCAGCCCCAUGUUCAGCGAAUGGGUCAUGCCAAGCACCCACACCACGGAGAGAGCUACGUGAAAAUCGAUCAAAAAUACUAAACAUGACCUUUGGCAUUGGCCGUAAUGAAUAUUGUUCAUGAUA